GUUACAUAAAAAUCUCAAAAGUCCAAACAAAAAAGCCAUCAAAAUCUUGCUCUCCCUCCACUCAGUCUACCGGAAAACCAUGGCCACAGCUCUCAACCUCGCUCCGCCUUCACUUCUCAGGCCACUUCCGCUCCGGAGAACACCCAGGACCACACUCUCCGUUAGAGCAACAUCAAGCUCCUCUGAUUCCAGUACUUCUGUAAGCACCAAAGAGGAACAAAAACAAGGCCUUUCAUCAUCAUCAUCGUCGUCAUCUGUAACAUUUGCCGCUCCACCUGGUUUCAAGCCACCGGAGCCAAAGCGGUUCGGGGUGAGACCCGACAAGACAUGGGACGUUUUAGGGGCUUCAAUUGCUUUGUUUUUCCGGCUGGGGACAGGUGUUUUUGUUUCUGGGUAUUCUGCAUCCUUCAUUCCCGAGAAUGAGUUCCCACCUGGCCAGUAUGCUCUUGAUUUUAACGAUUACAAAGUAAAGGAGACUUCAAAAUUAGGCCCCCGGCCAGAGAAGCCUAUUGAGAUAUAUGAGUUUGAGAGCUGUCCAUUUUGUCGGAAGGUCAGGGAAAUCGUUGCAGUGUUGGAUCUUGAUGUUCUGUUUUAUCCUUGCCCAAAAAAUGGUCCAAACUUCCGCCCCAAAGUUGCACAGAUGGGUGGAAAACAGCAGUUCCCUUACAUGGUGGAUCCAAACACAGGAGUCUCGAUGUACGAAUCAGAUGACAUAAUUAAGUAUUUGGUUGGAAAAUACGGUGAUGGAAGUGUUCCAUUCAUGCUGUCACUUGGUCUGCUAACGACUUUGAUUGCAGGCCUAGCUAUGAUUGGUCGCAUGGGAAAGGGGAGUUCUUAUGCUCCAUCAAAAAUGCCGCCGAAACCGCUUGAAAUAUGGGCAUAUGAGGGUUCCCCCUUCUGCAAACUUGUACGUGAAGUACUUGUAGAGCUAGAGCUACCACACUUGCUUCGCAGUUGUGGCCGUGGCAGCCCAAGACGACAGAUACUGUAUGAGAAAGUUGGACAUUUUCAGGUACCUUAUCUAGAAGAUCCAAAUACUGGCGUGCAAAUGUUUGAGAGUGCAGAAAUCGUGGAGUAUAUAAGAGCUACUUAUGCUCUUCAAUAAGCAAUUCCUUCCAAAGGCCUUUGAGAUUUUGUUCUUUUUUUUUCCUCUUUUCAUCAGUCUCUUCAUUUUUCUUGUGAAACUGUAUAGGUGUAUCUUGUUCCAAUAAAGGGGUACUCUGUGAGAUGUAAUUAGUCUACAUGAUAACAUUCUUUCUAGUGGAAUAAAGUACCUCAAUUUAAGCAA